AUCACACUCAUAAAUGCUAGCCCAAUCUUUUUGAAGCCCAGAACGGUGCCUCUGGCCUAUAAGCAGAUGAUGGAUGAUCAGCUGAGCUUGCUGGAGGAGUAAGGCAUCAUAACAAAGGUGGACUCUGCUGACUGGGCGACGCCAUUAGUGCCUGUUAUUAAGCCUGAUGGAUCCAUGAGAGUGGUGGGAGACUAUAAGAGUACUGUGAACAAGUUCUUGAAGGAAGAACACUACCCGGUCCCCAGGAUAGAAGAAAUUUUUUCAAAAUUACAUGGAGGUGAGUACUUCACCAAGUUGGACUUGUUGCAGGCAUAUCACCAGUUUGAGCUCGAUGAUGAAGCCAACUUUUAACUUGGAGUACACAAAGAGGGCUGUACAGGGUGAAUCGCAUGCCCUUUGGAAUUGCUCCGGCGACAAGUAAGUUUCAAAAGUACAUUGAAUCACUCUUUUACGGCAUGGACAAUGUAAUUGUAUAUCUGGAUGAUAUCCUCAUCACAGGAAAAGAUACGAAAGAGCACCUGGAAACAUUAGAAAGAGUCCUGCUCAUAUUGGAGAAGGCUGGACUAACUAACGGUGAAGAAGUCUAAAUGUGAGUUUUUCCAGGACAGAGAAAAAGGUCAAGAGUAUUUCCGAAGCACCCAGGCCUCAAAACGUGUCAGAGGUUAGAACGCUCAUAGGUAUGGUUGCAUAUUAUUCUAAAUUCAUUCCUAACUUAGCAGAUGUCCUAAAGCCCUUAUAUGAACUUCUUAAAAAGGGUUUUGUUUUCAAAUGGUCAGAAAUGUGUGAACAGUCGUUUCGGACCAUGAAGCAAAUGAUAGCAUCUGACAUUACAUUGGCACAUUUUAAUCCUGAUCUCCCUCUAUAUUUAGCUGCAGACGCUGCAGAAGGAGGCGUUGGCGCUGUGAUGUACCAUAAGGACACAAAAGGAAGGGAACGAUCUGUAGGUUUCGUUUCGAGAACAUUGGCUCCAGCAGAAAAGAAAUAUUCUACAAUACACCGAGAGGCAUUGGCCAUAUACUUCUGUCUCAAACGUUUUGAACAGUAUCUGCUGGGAAGGAAAUUUACUCUCAGAACAGACCACAAACCAUUGUUAGCCAUAUUAGGAGAAGAGAGGGGCAUAUAAGUUGUACGAGAGUCGACUCCAAAGAUGGGCUGCUUAUCUGGGAGGCUUCGAUUAUAGAAUUGAGUACAUAAAAGGAAAGGAAAAUGUAAUGGCUGCCUUCUUAUCAAGAUUUCCUGUGUUGGAUGAGGAAGGUGAGAAUGCUGUGAGUUUUGUAAAUUUCAUUGAUAAUUCCAAGUCAUGGCCUAUAAACAAUAAAAUCUUGAGAAAUCAUAUUAGAGAAGAUUCCGAAUUUCAAGACAUUAUAAAAUAUGUGGAAACUAACAACUGGCCGGAAAAUCUAGGAAAGGAACUAAAACCCUUUUUGUUUAGGAAAGAUGAACUCACACAUGAGGACGGAAUACUUUUGUGGGGUUUGAGAGUCGUAAUCCCUAGAAGUCUCAGGAAACAGGUUUUGGAUGAACUCCAUGAGGGACACUUUGGAAUGGUAAAAAUGAAGGCUUUGGCUCGCUCGGCAGUGUAUUGGCCUAACAUUGACUCUGACAUAGAGGAAAAAUGUAAGAAAUGUGUUCAUGCCUCAUUAACAAAGCCAAUCCACCACAUACGGAGCUGACACCAUGGCCAUUGGCUACGAAACCAUGGGAAAUAAUCCAUGUUGAUUACAUGGGACCGAUUAAGGGUUUGCAUUUUCUGAUUAUUACAGAUGCAUAUACCAAGUGGAUGGAGGUUUUUCCUGUAAGCAAGAUAACAUCAUCAAAUACUGUGAGACAUUUAAGGGAGAGUUUUGCCAGAUAUGGAAUCCCAGAGUUGGUGGUGUCUGAUAACGGAACUCAGCUGGUGUCCAGAGAAAUGGAAGAAUUCCUUAAGAGAAAUGGAAUUAAACAUAUGACGUCCCCCCCUGGUCAUCAAAGAUCAAAUGGUCAGGCAGAAAGUGCGGUAAAGAUUUUCAAAAAUAAGUUGAAUACCUACUUGGCUGACCGUGAAAAUGUCAGAGAAGACAUGUUCACUCUGACUUCUAGAUUUUUGUAUCAUUACAGGAAUUCCGUACAUUCGUCAACAUCAGAAACACCUGCCAAGCUAAUGUUCAACAGAGAGAUAAGAACUAGAUGGUCCCUGUUGAAAGACAAAGCCCAUUGUGCAAGAGACACUGCAGACAGCGAAGCUCUUGAGAGUUUGGAAAGGAGCAGAGAAAGACAAAUCCGAAAUUUUAAAGGUGUUAAAAGACAUUUCAGAUUAAACCAAAAAGUGAUGGUGGCAGACUACAAUAAACCUAACAAUAAGAGUUGGACACCAGCCAUCAUCGAGAAACAAGUAGGGCAUUCGGUAUUCUUGUGCAGAACAGAGUCGGGAAAACUUUGGAAGCGCCACAAAGACCAGAUCCAUGGCAGAGCGGAACUUGAUGGAAAAAAAAGAAAAUGUUGCAGAAACUGAAUACAAGGGUUUCAUACCUUAUGCUCCUGUUCAUGAUGGAGUGGAUGAGCUCAAAGAGCAUUCCAGUAUCACUGACGAAAACCAGUAUGCAUUGGACACUCCAGGAAGAAACAAGGAUGAAUCAUAUAUCAGGGCAAAAACGUCCGGUGUUGCUAGAGGGAAUGGUAGGGGAGAGUUCCUUUGAAUUGGACAGCCCAUGAAUCGGACGCUACAGUUUUCUACUACACCCGUUAGUAAUUUAGCAUCUUUUACGUAAAUCCCAUUUUCUCAACAUCGAUCGACAUCUCUUGGAAAAUGGUUAAAUCUGUGGCUCGAGCCUUGUUGCGGAGACAUGCAUUGUAAAAUCCGUUGCCGUUAGAGUAAAUAUUUACGUGAAUUUGCGAAGUGAAUAGCUACGUUUCUAGUGACGAUUAGUUGCCGAUUUAUUUAUAAAAACAUCAAGUGAUUAUCCCCCAUCAGACAGGUAUGUUAAAUCCUUGAUAUUACGAUUGGUAGAAAUUAUAUUUUGAAUUUAUUUCGAAAACCACGUAUUCCAUGAAUCGGACAUUCCGACGCCCAGGAAACGGACGUCCAGUUCAUAAGCUGCAAUGUGUCCGAUUCAAAGGAGAUGUGAAAUGUCAAAUUUUUUCUUUUUGAAAGUUGCUGUCCAUGAUGACUAAGCUAGUUAGAAUGUCUGAUGAAGAGAUUCAAGAUGCAAUAAAUCAAAAUCUUUCCAUAAGAAGUGUUGCCAAGAACACAGGCAUAUCGAAAUCUUUAUUGGCCGAUUUGGUAAAAAAAACAUAAGAAUUCUCCAGAUGGCAAUUUCAGAUACAUAAGGAAUAUUGGAAAUAUGAAAACAUUCACGGAGGAUCAUGAAAAGUUACUAGUUUCUUACCUUCGCACAACCUCCAAAAUGUGCCAUGGUUUGACAACAACGCAGACCAGAAAUUUGGCUUACCAAUUCGCUGUUGCCAAUAAAAUAGACAUACCAGAAGAAUGGAAUAAAAAUAAUAAAGCAGGCAUUCAUUGGCUUCAUGGAUUCAUGAGUCGCCACAAAGAACUCUCACUGCGUCAACCCGAAAGUACAUCAUUGAGCAGAACUUCCAGUUUCAAUGAAACAAAUACCACAACUUUCUUUUCAAAUUUAGAAAAAUUGUACCAGAAACACAAUUUUGCACCAAACAUGAUAUGGAAUCUUGAUGAAACAGGGUGCAUGACAGUCACGAAACCGCCCAAGGUAAUAGCUGUACGAGGGACGAAACAAGUAGGGCAAAUCGCUUCGGCAGAAAGAGGAACUCUGACAACAGUUCUUUUUUUUAUUAGCGCUUCAGGAGGGACGAUUCCGCCUGUAUUCAUUUUCCCACGAGUUUACUUCAAAGAUAACAUGCUCAAGGGAGCUCCGGUUGGUGCCAAAGGUAUGCCAAAUCCAUCUGGUUGGAUGACUGAGGAAAUUUUUGUUGAAUCUUUGAAACAUUUCUCGAACCGCGUUCAACCAACCGCUGAUAAGAAAGCAUUAAUUAUUAUGGACAAUCAUGCAACUCAUGUGAAUCUGCAAGUUGUGGUGUUUGCAAGAAAAAUCCACAUAAUAAUUUUAACGUUGCCUCCGCAUUGCAGCCACCGAAUGCAACCUCUUGAUGUAGCCGUUUAUGGUCCGUUCAAGUCAAGAUAUAAACAAGCUAUGAAUAAUUGGUUAACAAGUAAACCAGGGAAAACCGUAACAAUAUACGAAGUUGCUGAGUUCGUGAAUCCAGCUUUUAGUGAGUCAUUUACAAUCAGCAAUAUCUGCAAGAGUUUUAAAAAAACUGGAAUAUACCCAUUUAAUACGAACAUCUUCACUGACGAAGAUUAUCUACCUUCAAGUAUAACUGAGAGACCUGAUCCCACAUCUAUAAUAAAUCGGGAAAUCCCAGCCAUUUCACAAUCGAAAGGCAACCUACCAGAGAACGACAAUAUUUUAGAUCAGCCAUCUACUUCUGCUGAUCCAAAUCGUCCUUCUACAAGCGGCAUCGGCACUGUGAAGAGAACGAAGGAAGGAAGAGAAGAGUUAGGAAUAGUUUCUCCAGAAAUGUUAAGACCAUAUCCUUCAGCACCUUUGAGAAAACAAUGUAGAACUCGUGGCCGAAAAAAAGGAAAAUGUUCAAUCAUUACAGAGACACCUCCACGGGAUCUUAAAGAAAAUUUUAAUCAAAUAGAACAAGAACUUGAUCCUUCCAAUGUCGAAGAGAAGAAAGAUUCCGAAGAAGAUAAUUCUAGAUGCGUAGCUUGUGGUGGUGAAUAUCGACUUAGUAGAGAAGAAUUUAUUCAGUGCCGUUUGUGUAACCAGUGGUCCCACAAAUCUUGUGGUAUUAUUGGAAAUUUAAAUUUUUUCUGCAAAAAGUGUUUUCGAAUUUUAUUCUCUUUUAUUUUACCUGUUUUCAUGUUUUUGUACCAUUGUCCACUUCAUGGGAAUAACUGUCCAUAACAAGGGAAACAUCCCAUGAAAUGGACAUUUUCUAUAAUAAACUAAGACUUAUUUUUUCGAGUGACUAGCUUUUUUUUUCUAGCUUCUCCUGAGAUAGUGAAUCCACAGAUCUUACGCUCAUAUUAUGACGGUAAAAUUUGAACUUUUUUCCUUUGAAAUAAUAUUUUACACCAAAAAUAAUUAAAUUGUCCGUUUCAAGGGAACUCUCCCCUAUGCCCGAUAGUAACGGUUUGGAAUACAACAGACCAGAAGAGAACACAAUGGCGGAAACGCCAGGUAUUACUGGAGGGAAUGGCAUGCCCGAAAGUAAAGUUAAAGGAGUGGAAAGACAAGAAAAUAAAAAGGCAACAACGCCAGGGUUUACCGAAGGGAAUGGCAUGCCCGGAAGUAACUUUGAUAUAGGAGAUACACCAGAUAAGACCGAAAAGGAACAUCACAAAGCCUGCUAGGUUUAGACAGUAGGGAGUUCUUCGGUACAGUGACCUUGAAAAAGAAAAGUCCUUUUGGGUGAGAUACAAUUAUCUCACUGUGUUUUGUUUACAGCUCACACAAAGCAUGCUCUUUUACAUAUAAUUAAUAUGUUUUUCUGUAGGGUUACUGGAACCAUCUAACUUUCCCUUACAUAGAAGCCUCUAGUCAAAAGGGGGAGGUGUUGGGUCCAUUCAAAUGACCCGCCUAAAUCGACCGGAAGCUACCACAGCGACCGCCAACCGAGUAUCCGGGAAAUUGUUCCUACAAGAGGAAACAAGGCAAUCGAGAACGUACCUCCCUAGGCGAAGCACACGCGUGGUUACUACGGCUGUUCACAUUAUGUUACCUCGGGCUACAUCUUACUAAAUGUGUACAAACAAUAGAAUAAACGUGUAGAUUCCACCGCAGUUUCUAUUUCUCACCUGUUCAAUUCAUCAAGAACUC